UCAUGUGACUGGUGAGCACAGCUGAUCCUCAUCAAGGCUCUGGUUGGGGGGGAACUCACUUUAUCCACCCAACUUCUCUGAGAAUCUCGGAGAUACAGAGAAGAUGGUGUGAGAGAAAGUAGACGAGCUUUCUUGUGAUUUGUUUUAUUUAUUUUUUUUGCGCGCGCGCAUUUCGUGAUGGCGGUGAUGGCAGUCAUAGCGCAGGUUUUGGACGCGUGCUGCACCUUCAUCGCUGUGAUUCUGAACCAUUUGACGGACGGAUUCCUCACACCGCCGCUCAAAGCCACUCUCAGACACUUGGAGGAGACUGACCUCAAGACUUUGAAAGGAGAGAAAAAAAUGUUCAAAGCCAAAACUCUGUGGGGGGACUCUGGAGCCGUCAUCAUGGCGGUACGGCGGCCUGGAUGAUUUUUGUGCAGAGAGGAGGCUGCAGAGCUGUCCUCUCUGAAGCCCCAGCUGGAUGAGCUUGGGGUCCCUCUGUACGCUGUGGUGAAGGAGGACGUCGGUACAGAGGUCCAGAACUUCAGACCCUACUUCAACGGAGCGAUCUUCUUGGAUGAAAAGAGACGUUUCUAUGGGCCCCGUGAACGGAAGCUGGGUCUCCUGGCCUUCCUCCGUGUGGGAGUGUGGAUGAAUGGCCUGAGGGCCUUCAGGAAUGGAUUCAUGGGGAAUGUUUUUGGGGAGGGCUUCGUCCUGGGUGGGGUCUUUGUCAUCGGCCCAGGACAACAGGGAAUACUGCUCGAGCACAGAGAGAUCGAAUUUGGGGAUAAGGUCAACAUCCUGGAUGUCCUCAGAGCUGCCAGGAGAAUAUCCCGAGGAAUAAAUAAUUGAAUGAAUGAGUAAUUCCUCAUAAUGCUACAAUUCCGAUCUGAAAAGUUAAUAAUCUUAAUCUUGUACUUUAAGAAACUACUUGACAAUUAUGUCUUCAAAAAUUGCAAUUUUAAAUGCUUCUUCUGCACCAUAGUAUGACACUCCUUAAGGACAGUCAAUUGUUUAUUGUUGGAAAUUUUUUGAAAAUGGUUGUUUCAGAGAUUUGUGAGGUGGCUGCAUUGUCAAAAAAACAAAACUUAACUGUAAUCUAAGUCUACAGAGGACCGCUCGAGUUUGUUAGUGCUGUAGCCUCUUGGGAAAUCUGGGAUUUCUGUUCUGUUGCUUGCUGAGGGAAUGUGUAGUAAGCGAUAUUCCGAGGGUGUUAAUGAUGGUCUGCGUCUAAACUCAAAAGAAGGAGCAGGUCUGAUGCCCGACACUCGGUCUCCCUUACUGCCACCCACCGUAGCGGAUCUGCUCUCCCCGGAGCCAGGAGACUGACCACUGAACAAUAAAGAUAUCAUGCUCUGUACAUUG